AUGUUGUUUGCAGUGGUACUGAGUGUGAUAUUUGUAAUAUGUGAAGUUCAUGGAGGCUAUGUUUACCCAAAACCAAGUAUUGCAUUCGAGCUUCCUCAUUACCAACCCUUGUCACACCAUACAAAUCCGGUCCGACAAACUUCAUCAGAUGAGUACGUAAACGAAAUAUCUUAUUCAGUAGGUCAUGGAGACUACUCAUAUUUGCAGCAGCAUGGAAAAAAUAAAAUACACGAGAUAUUUUUUUCUUCGGAUAAUGCAGUGCAUCCAGCGCAACAAAACCGCAUUAUAAGUACCCAUCAAGAUCUUACAAGUCUCGAGCCGAUGACGACUGAGUUGAAUGCUAAUAUUGACGCCAGUACUUCUGUUCAGAGCGCUACUGUACAAAACCCAGCUUUAACAGAGCAAAACCAUAUAAAUGUACAACAGAUAUUAGAUAUAGAAAACGAUGCACAGUUAAUUCGAAACCAUCAGUCGACACAGGUAUUACCAAAAGGCUUUAAAAAUAAUGGAUUUCAAGUUUUAAACUCAAUUGACCCUCAAAAUAUUGAUGAUAAAUUAUUAAAUUGCCCAGAAACUUUUUUUAAGAACCAAAAUAUGGCAUCUUCUAUAAAUUUACAUGACAACAUGCAAUCACGCGGCGAAAAUGCGAAGCCGCUUUCAGCUGUGCACUCGUUAAGCGCAGAACACAAUCACCAAACUCAACACAGCCAAAGCUCUCUACAAACUGUAGUUGAUAUGAGGAGACCUAACGUACGACCCGUAUUAAAUUUACAGCAGGCUUUAAGUGUUCAGAACAAUAUCGGUACGCAAUUUAGUGCGCCACAAAUUUCACAGGAUCCCCAUAUAGUGUCCGACAUAAAUUUAGGUUCAGUAUCGUCUAUUGAAAAUAGUGUUUUAAUGCAAUCAAAUAUUAUACAAAAUAUUGAUAAUCAGAAGUUGAACGUUCAAAAUAACGUAGUUCCGGUAAUUACUAAACAGGUUUCCUUUCAUAUACCACCCCCUGAUAUUGAGGAGCCUUCAGUAGUUCGGAAUAUUCAACCACCCACACGAGUUUAUAAGAUAUUAUUCAUAAAAUUGCCUUCACAAGAAACUAAAAACAGGAUACAACAAUCAGUCAUAGAAAAAACAAUUAUAUACGUUUUAUCUAAAACACCAGAACCUGCAAGGGCAGAUGUGACUCAACAAAAAGUAUCUGAUCAUGAAGUAUUUUUUGUUAAAUAUAAGGGAAAUCCAAAUUACUCAGAAGCU